CUGCAGCCUGAUAAACUUCAGUGACAGAUUUUUCUGCUGUUGGUGCGACGCUGAAAAUCAAGAAGGCUGUAUUGUAGUUUUUAUACAUAUAUGGGAGCAGCGACUCCCGUGAAGAGGUCGUGCGGAUGGAGGAGGGACCAGGAAACCGUGGAUCGCCGGUGAAAACCAAGGAGACGGAGGCUGCUGCGACCAAUAGACAGCAGCGGAGAAAUAAGGAACAAGGAGAAGGACACCCCAGCAGGAGAGGCCAAGACAAAGACCAGAGGAGGAGGAGGAGAAAUCAACGAAGGAAAAAGGGCUUCCCAAAUGCAAAAGGAGACGCAAAUGUCAAAGAUGAAGACACAGAAGAAGACAAGAUGGAGGUUGUGGAGACUGCAGGCAGCCAAACUCAGGACAGCGCAGCCUCAGAGACACAGCAUGUGGAUGUCCACGCUGAAGACAACCAGCAGAAAGAGGGAAACAGCGGAGAACCACAGCAGAAAUACACCAAGACGGUUGAAGCUCAGACGCAAACAAAGAAACACAAAGGCGCAAAUAAAUCCACGCAGACUCAGGUUGUGUUUCAAAACAGCCAGGAAACACAGACCGACCUCACCAUGAUGGAUCAAGAGGAUGCAAGUGAGAAAACGACUCGACCUGCAGAGGAGAAGAAGAAUAAACGAGAGCAGGAAGAAGACAACACUGUUCAGACUCCGUCAGGGCAAAAUGAAAGUCCAGACAAAGACAGAGCUUCACCAGAGUCAGCCAAGAAACAAAACACUGAGAAAGAGUCGAAGCCGAAAGAGGAGAAUCCUGCAGGAAGCUCAGGUGAUGCAACGACAUCUCAAGCAGAAAAAGAUUCCAAACCAAAGUCUUACGCCAAAGCUGUGUCUGGAGAGGGAGGAGGUGGGAAACAGUCCAGAGUAGCAGCAUCUGAAACGACCGAUAAAACAUCCAAAAGCACACGUGAUCGAAGCCCAGUGAGAUCCUCUCCUGGUGUCCCCAUGUUCACCUUCCACAUGUACGCUGUCCUGGACAAAAGGUUUAGAUUCACCCAAAAACACGACACGCUUGUGCUGUGUUAUGAAGGAGGGUUUUCACCUCUGGAAAUAACCCAUUUUGUUGGAGUAAAGCAGGGAGGAUAUCUGGUAGAAGCACGUCUCUCCGUUGAAGAAAGUUUGGUGAGAGGCAAGUGGCUGACUUACUGGUAUGGUGUAAAACAGAGAAACAAAGACAUUGUGGGAGCAGCCUACAGAAAGGUUCUCAUUCCACUGGACCCAGCUAUUAAAGAAAUGCACCUUUAUGAAGGUUUCAUUUGCCGCGAUGAUGCACAAAGUUUUUUCCAAGCUGGCCUUCGUAAGAUGGGUCUGGGGAACCAGAGAGGUGUGGAAGUUUCAGACGCCUGGCAGACCUCAGCAACGGCUCUGCUGAACAGAAUCCUCCAAAAAUGGACUCCAUCUGACAAACAGAGCACCAGGAACCUCUGUGAGAACCUGAUGUGUUUUAUGUGGGGCCUCGGUUCUGCUCAUACAAGAAUGCAUUAUCAAGACAAUUCACAACCUCCCAUGGUUAAGACAGUAGAGCUGGUUUCAGAGAGUCUGGUUCAGAUCUUAAGAGGAGAACCGAAGGACAAAAUCCCAGGAAGCUGCAGGAGCUGCAGUCCUCUUGUUCUGGGCCUGUCUGUGUUCAUGGUGACCAGAAAGCUGAACAUCAACCUUGGAGUUAAAAGCUGGGCCGACCUCUGUGUCCUGGUGUCCUCAGAGACGGCGAUGGACAACAAAAGCCUAGAGGAGCUGCGAACUGCUUUGGAAAACCCACAGUUUACUGUGCUGGGUCUGAUGAACCACUGUGUCCAGUUAAUGGUGUCGGAGCUCGUCCUGCUCGUCCCGCUGCUCUUUAAACUCAGAAAACCAGGAGCUGAUGCAGCUAAAGUGGGUCCAACCAUCGAGGAAAAGGACUGGUCAGGACUGAAUGACAUCAACUUCUGCAGAUUCAGAGAGAACAUAAAGUCCUACUCAGAUAAAAGAGAGCGGAUGCUGUCUUUGAUACAGAAACAGUUACCAGCGGUCAAAGAGACGCCUCUGCUGCCGAUGGCCUGGUUGUCUCUGGUUGCAUUUGAGGAUCUUCCCAAAUUUUCAGACCUGAUGGGAAUCCCUGCAGAGCACCUGAUCCAGAGUCUGCUGUACAGACUGCAAAGAUGUGGAGAGAAAAUGGAACUAAACCAAGCAGAGGAGAAUGUAAAGCUUGCUGAUAAAUCGUUGACCCGCAUCCUGCUGAAUGUCGACAAAGAGAAAGACAGAAUGAUUGAAUCUGGAAACAUCCACCCAGUCUUCUUGAGCAGCGUUAGUGUGGUGAAGAGAACCUGUGACAUUGUGCGAAUCGUCCCGUGGUACCCGGUAGCAGUCCUGUCCUACCAGCUGGUGCUGAAAUUAGCAGAGAUUUUGCAUGCUAAACUGAAAGAAGAGUCCAAGGAAGACGAGUUUGAGACCCUAAAGAAGAAGUUGUUCAAGAAUCUGUUUUCCACUCAGCAGCGAAUCAGUGAGUUCAGAGAUGGACUACUACAAAAAUCCAUUCUGACACCAUCAAAAUUCCUCUCCUACCCAAAGGAAAUAGAGAUGUGGGAUGUGCUCCUGAAGGUGGAGUCACCUUUUGAGGAGGUUUCAUCCUUCUGGAGGCAGAACCUGACAAAAGACCUGAAGAAGAGGAUUUCUCAGGCAAAUGAUGAGGAUAAAGUUCUGGUCUGUUGCCUCGAAUCGCCUUUGGCAGCUAUAAGGAAAAGCCACGAUGCUGUACAGUCCUGUUUUGAUGAGAUGUGUCUUUCUGCCAUCAAGACAAUCUGCCAGAGAAAGCAGGAGGGGGACCUGAUGCGAACUCUCAGCUCCAAAGUGAAAAAUCUUCCAGCUGUCGUCGUGUCUGCUGUUGUGAUCGAGUCAUCAGGACGGUUUAAAGACGUCGUCGUCCAGCUGCUGGAUCCACAGUCCGCCGUGAACCACCUGCUGUCUAACGGUGACUGGAGGUCGAUCCAGGUGGAUGACACCACCGGUCACGUGGUCCACAGCUGUGUGGAGGCUGUUCACACUCUGGUGGCAUCGCUGCUUCAAGGAGACGUUGCCCUGGGACACCUGCAGACCUGCCUGAAACACAGAGAGCAGUUUAAGAAGCUUUACCAGCAGUACAAGAAAAACGCGAAAUCUGAGACGUUUCCUGUGAAUGCAGAGGCUGUUCUGGCUCAGAGAGAAAAAGACUUGAGGUCUUUCUAUCAGCGCAGACAGCAGAUGGACACACUGAUAAAGAUGAUAGCAAAGGUUACAGAAAGCAUCACAGUUCCUGAGAUGUGCACUCUGGAGGAGCAACAUGCCGCAGAUCUCCACGCCGUGAGUCUGAACAAGCUGGUGUUUGUUCAGUCCAUUGAUGCUGAAGGGAAGCUGAAGAUGACGGGUCCUCCACAGGUCCUCUGGUACAAAACCAGCAUGAAUGUGUUGAAAAUGGCCAGCGAGAUGCACACGCUGCAUCACAGCAACCUGAUUCUGUCCUCCUGGGCCAAAGGAGCCGCAUCUUUGGCAUGGGCGAGGCAUCCCUCCCCAGCUCCUGUUUCGGUAAACCUCACACAAAUCUACGAAAACAUCUGGAAGCCUCUAGUGGCCGAGUUCCUUCAGCUGGGCGUCGACAUCGCGGGUGAAAACAUCACUUUCGAGGAGCUCGAUCAGGUUCUGUCAGAGUCCGGCGACCAGGGCGAUGGAAAGCUGCUGAAGAACGAGCUGAAUCUGAUGUCAAAGAUGCUUCCGGAGGAGGGAGGGUUUGAAGCUGAGGAGAACUGGGUGGAGCUGAGGCUUGGUCAGAUUCAGGAGUACCGACAGUUGCAUGAGGCGGCGGCUGCAGCCAGCGCUGUGCUGAAAAUAGCCGAGAAAAUGAAGCUUUCUGGAAACUUCAACGAAAUUGACACGCUCAGCCAACUGGAAGAGGACUCAUUUAAACAGAGGACUCUGGGGUCUCUCAGCGUUGAUGUAUUUCGUGCCAGAAAGCAACUCUCCACGGUCACCAAGCAGCACACCGCCUGUCUGGAAGAGUUCCUAAAGAGCCAAACUCUCGUUAGCUGGGUCAAAGAGAACCUCAAAAGUAUGAGCGAUGUAAAGGUUUACGUGGACCUCGCUUCCAUAUCUGCUGGAGAAAACGACACGGAGAUUGACCAGGUGGCCUGUUUCCACGAUGCAGUGAUGGGAUACGCUCCUCUGCUGUACUCCCUGUCACCUCACGCCGGCUUUGAGGAGUUCAGGAAGUGUGCUCAGCAGGUGUGGGAUACCCAGAGUCGAGAUGAGAAGCUGCCCGACAAACUGAGAGAGUCUACUCGACUACUAAACUGGCUGAAAGCACUGAAGGAGACUCACGGCUCUGUUGAGCAAUCCUCGCUCUCUUUAGCUUCUUCUAUUAACACUGAUGGAGUUUAUCAUGUAGGAUGGUCUGAUGGAAACACAGAGAGGAGGUGUCUUCAAAACAUGGUGCAGGUCACUGUGAGAGGGAACAGACAAGAGAAAAGCUACAAUCUCGAAGAUCUGUUGGAGCUGCAAAACAAACUCAUGCUCAUGUCGUCCAAAGGGGAACAUGGCAGAGAACAAGUCAACAGGUUCACAGAGGUUUUUGAGGGAGUUCAGAGACUGGGCACCAUCCUUCUCCAGAUGCAAACAUCUGGUAACAUGCUCUUCAGGGACUGGCAUGCUGAGGUCCAGUGCUGCCCGCAACAUCAACCCUGCAUCAGAGUCACCUUCGUGUCCCUGAAGGGCAAAGAGAUGUCGUACUACGGUGAGGUGAUGGAGCAGCUGCAACAUCUCGCUCACUCCAUGGACACCUGCCAGAGAGAAUGGUGUUCCUUCAUCAGUGAGAUGCGCUCCAGCUUCAGCCUGCUGAACCACUACACCUCAGAGCAGAUGGUGUAUUUGUGCCACUGGAUACACAAAGUGUGUCAACGACAGGCGUCGGUUCCCCAACAGCUCUGGCACUUACUGUUUCCCAUAAAGCCUCAGUGCACGCUAACUGAUGUCAGAGUCGCCUACGCUAAUGCAGCGAAGCACGAUGAGCUGGAGGAGUCUGAUGAUGAUGAACCUUCAAUGGACUACACUGAAGAAGAAGACGUGGAAGAGGCUCGUGAUCUGAUGGAGUUUUCUUCUUCAGAGGAAGAAGACGGUGCCACCGUCGAGGACAGUCUUGAGAACCUUUGGGGACGAUUCAAGAACAACAUGUCACAGUUCCUCAGCGACUCAUUGGACAUCUCGAUUCUGGCCCGAUUCCUCUCUUGCCUCUCUGAAAUGAACCAGCAACAUAUGAUCAGAAACCUCCCACCGGCUCUCCAGGAGGGGAAGCCCAAUCUUGUGCUUUGCCCAAGUGCAGAGGUUUUCACCACCACUCUGUCUUUUUACAUGGAGAGUCCAGAGCAGCCUCUGCCAUCUGCUGACGAAGUUCUGGUCUGCAGAGAGGAGACUUCAGAAGAAGAGGUGGAGAUAUUUCUGCGCCGAGCUCUUGGCCAAAGCUCCAAACAAAGCUGGCACAAGAUAUAUUCCCUGGUCAGUCCGGGGCUGCUUGGAUACGACGUCAGUGUGGCUUUAGGUGACCUGUUUGAGAGUCUGGAGAGAAGCGCCAGCCCACAUUAUCGCCUGGUGAUAGUCAGUCCAGUUGUGCAUCAGCACCGAUAUGUGCCCUCCUUCUUCAGCAGCGACAAAGUCCAGGCUGGUGUGAAUCUAACAGCAGAGAUCGCCAGGAAAUACCUAUAUCACCACUUCACACAAAACAUGAAAAACCCUGUCGCACUGGUUUCUCCUGAUCAGCUCUCAGUGUGGAUGGUGUCAUCUACUCGCCCUGCAGUUGGGAAAUCCCUUUAUGUGGAUCGUUUGUUUGAGAAGUUCAGGGAGACAUCUCCAAGAGUGAAACACAUCAGGAUGAAACUGAUUGAGCCAUGUGUUGACAUCGACUCCUUGAUCAAGAGUCUGUCAGAGAAACUGGCACCGUUGAGAGAGCAGGACCCGGUUCUCCUGCACAUUGACACUGCUGGAGUUCGCUCAGGUCUGGAGGAGCUCCUCUUCCAUCUUUUGGUUCUGGGUUGUUUAAGUGACACUCAUGGCAUGCUAUGGAGAAGGAAUGUAGCUCACCUGAUCACCGUGGAGGUCCUGAAAACAAACACGUCCUCCCAAAACCAGCCAAAAGAGAUAAGGCUCGGGCUUCUUGACAUCCUGCCCACCAUUCACUGUCGACCUCCGAGAGAGGUGAAGCAGCUGUUGGCCGCUCAAAGGGUCUCAACAAAAAAGACCUUUGAUCCACUCAUGGAUGAACAGGAGUUUUGCAGUGAGGGGAUUCAAAGACCCUAUCAAUACUUAACGCUCCACAACCAGAAUCAGAAUCUGGAUCGUUUUAACUACCAAGAGGGGUCCAGAAGAGGGGAUCCCAGUGAUUGUCUCAGUCAUUUCCUGUCAUUCUGCGGAAUGCAGGAUCCAUCUUGGGGUGAACUUAAGAACUUCUCCUGGUUCCUAAACGUGCAACUGAAAGACUGUGAGAACUCAGUUUUCUGUGAUCCAGAUUUUCUUGCUGAUCAGCUACCCGGUUUCAAGGGUUUCAUUGUGAAGUUCAUGAUUCUGAUGGCAAGAGAUUUCGCCUCGCCGUCUCUAGACACAUCUGAUGAAAGCCCCAUGCUGCGCAUUGAAAACAGUCUGGAAGAUGACCUUCUUGCCCGUCUGACAAUUCGUAAGCACUGGGAAAAUGAGUCUCAUCCCUACAUUUUCUUCAAUGCAGACCAUUUCUCGAUGUCUUUCCUUGGCUUUAAUGUGCAGAAAGGUCCAAGGCAAAAGACACUCAAUGCAGUUGAUCCCAACAGCAACAAGGUCCUGAUACAGAACGUCAUGUCGCAGGAGCUUUUUGAAGGUUUGCGACGGCAAAACAUUUCUCUCUCUGAGGACUUUGAUCAGUUGUCCCGGCCAGACAAAAUCAAAAGGAUUUCGUGUGUUGUUGGUGCACAGAGUGGCAUUAUGGACAGGAGGUUCGAUCCAGACCCAACAUACGAGCUCACUGCUGACAAUGUCAUGAAGAUGUUGGCCAUACACAUGAGAUUCCGAUGCGGAAUUCCAGUCGUCAUCAUGGGAGAGACUGGCUGUGGAAAAACCAGACUGGUCCGUUUCCUCUGUACUCUGCAGAAGGAGGGAAAACCAGUGGAGAACAUGGUGCUUGUGAAAGUACAUGGUGGAACUACAGCAGAAAUGAUCUACAGAAAGGUGAGAGAGGCCGAGGCACUUGCUCACAAGAACCGAAAAAUGCACAACCUGGACACCAUUUUGUUCUUUGACGAAGCAAACACCACAGAGGCCAUUUUUGCCAUCAAGGAAAUCUUGUGUGACCAAACAGUGAAAGGAGAACCUCUGAAGGUGCAUAGUGGCUUGAAAAUAAUAGCUGCCUGCAAUCCUUACAGGAAGCACUCCCCUGAAAUGGUGGAACGCCUGGAACGUGCAGGACUGGGAUACCGAGUGAAGGCAGAUGAAACAGAAGACCGCCUUGGCAAAGUCCCUCUGAGGCAGCUGGUGUACAGAGUUCACCCUCUGCCUCCAAGCAUGGCAUCUUUGGUGUGGGAUUUUGGUCAACUGAGUGACUCCACUGAGCUUUCCUACAUCAAACAGAUCGUCCAGAAGAAAGUUGCUGACCAUCGUUUGCCAGUAGCUUUCAAGAACAUCAUUUCAAAUGUGCUGGCUGCCUCCCAGAAGUACAUGAGAAGCCGGAAAAAUGAGUGCAGCUUUGUGAGUCUCAGAGAUGUGGAGAGGUCAAUGAAAGUGCUUGUUUGGUUUUACCAGCAUAGUGAGGUCCUGUUCAGCGACUACACACACCUCAAUGAGGAUCAUAAAACUCUCAAGUGCUUGAUUCUUGCCGUUGGAGUAUGCUACUACCCAUCUCUGGUGGAAAAAGAGGAGUACCUGGCUGAAAUUUGUAGGCACUUUCCUAACCCACUCUGCUCCCCAGCUGCAUUACAGCAAGAGAUUUCAUCCUGUCAAGACUUCUUCCUUCAGAACAUACAAACAAGGGAGACAAUAGCCAAAAACGUUGCACUCAAAGAGAAUGUCUUCCUCAUGGUGGUCUGCAUAGAGCUCAGGAUCCCACUCUUUCUAGUUGGGAAGCCAGGCAGCUCUAAGUCACUCGCUAAAACGGUGGUUGCUGAUGCCAUGCAGGGCCAGAACUCCCACUGUGAACUAUUCAAGAAACUCAAGCAAGUUCACAUGGUCUCAUUCCAGUGCAGUCCUCACUCCAGUCCAGAGGGUAUCAUCGGGACAUUCAGGAACUGUGCCCGCUUUCAGAAGGACAAAAACAUGGACGAAUAUGUGUCAGUCGUGGUGCUUGAUGAGAUCGGACUGGCAGAAGAUUCUCCUCAGAUGCCACUGAAGACCCUUCAUCCUCUCUUGGAAGAUGGUUGCAUCGACACCGACAGGCCAGAUCCACACAUGAAGGUUGGCUUUGUUGGCAUCUCCAACUGGGCUCUUGACCCAGCAAAGAUGAACCGAGGAAUAUUUGUGUCCAGAUGGGAUCCAAGUGAGGACGAACUUGUGGAGACUGCCAAGGGAAUUUGUUCGUCUUCCAGCCAAAUCCUCCUGAAAAUCAAACACCUCUUCCCAUCUUUGGCAGAGGCCUUCUUGCAUAUCUGUAAUGAGACCUCAAAGAACCAGUUCUUUGGUCUGAGGGAUUAUUACAGCCUUGUCAAAAUGCUGUUUGCUGCAGUGAAAUCCACACAAGAAGAGCCAAAUGGUGACCAGGUGGUUGAAGCCAUCUUACGUAACUUCAGUGGACAGCCAGAGGGUUUUGACCCUGUUGUAUUUUUCCAAGAGGUUCUCCAAGACCUUACAGAAGUUCCCCGACCAAGCACCUUGCAAAUGGUGAAAAAGAACCUUGAUCAUGGGACAGAUGAGGAGAGUCGUUACCUGCUUUUAUUGACCACUAACAAUGCAGCUCUGCACAUCCUUCAGCAACAGGUCUUUGCCAAAGGAGACUAUCCGCCACCUGAAAUUAUCUUUGGCUCAGGAUUCCCAAAAGACCAGGAGUACGCCCAAAUCUGCCGCAAUGUCAACCGUGUGAAGACAUGCAUGGAGACCGGACGCACCGUCAUCCUCCUCAACAUGCAGAAUCUUUACGAAAGCCUGUACGAUGCCCUGAACCAGUACUAUGUUUACCUCAGUAAGCAGCAGUAUGUGGAUCUCGGUCUUGGUUCCCACAGAGUCAAAUGUCGUGUUCAUACAAACUUCAGACUGGUGGUAGUGGAGGACCAGAAGAAGGUCUAUGAGCACUUCCCUGUGCCCCUCAUCAACAGACUGGAAAAACACAGGGUGGACAGAAGCACCGAUCUGGAAACAUGGCAACACAGGGUUCUCCACAAACUCAAGGAGUGGGUGAAGGAAUUCUUAGGCGAGGCCACAAAGGAUUUCCAGCUGUCUGACAUUUUUGUUGGCUUCCAUGGUGAUGCCUGUGCCAGUGCUCUGUUGCAGGCUCUGGAAAGGAGAGCACAAAAAGCUGUAGACGACCAAGUACGACAGCAACAACAGGAUGAACCAAACAAAGCACCUGAGGGCGACAGACAGAAAGAGGUGAUGGAGAUAGUGGACGAUCCGCUGAGUGAUGCGAUGGACGUAGAGACUGCCGAAGAAGACAAAGAAAUGGAAGCAGUGGAAAAAAAUGAGGAUGAAUCCACUGAGGAACAUGAUGUCGACAGAGUGAUGUCAGAAACUGAGGAGAUGAUGGAGACAGAAAACGAUGCUGGGUCUGUGAGAGAAAACGAGGAAGACGAAGUCUUUGAUUUAGCCAAAGGCCUCUUGCUGAACUGUGCCACCCCUGAUGCUGUGGUGAGACUCAAAUACUCAGAUUUAGCAAACCAGGAGAAGGAAAAACUCCAGAGAUUAUACUUCCAGCAACAGCAUCACCACUCACUGCGAGACUUUCUGGAAGAUGGCCUCACCACGUACCAGGAGUCCAGCAGGUUCCUGGAGAUCACGACUUUCUCCAGCUUGUUGACCAGAUCAGAUGUGAGAGUUGUAGCUCACGCUCUGGGACUUCACACAGACAGAAUCCUCCUGCUGUCGCUCCACCAGUUUGACACUGAAGUCUCCUUCUGCAACAAAAUACGGGGCUUCCUUCAUGAUGCCGGUCAGUCUCUUCACAUCAUGCUGAUCCAGAUGGACCUCGAGGAAUCCCACUGCAGUGACGAGCUCAUCGCAUCAGCAAAAUACUGCACCAUGAAUUACCUGACGUCUCUGGAGCAUCAGACCUGCUGGGUGAUCUUCAUCGUGAAGGUUUCCAGAAUCCCAAGUCAGUCCCAGUACAUCGGUUUCCAAGGAGGCGUCUGGCGCUCAGUGCACAUCGAUGACCUGAGGGAUUCAGAGGACAUGAGCCUGAACCUGUUGGUUUUCUGUGGAACGCUGAUCAGCAGCCUGCUGAAACCUGCACCGUCAGAAAAACAUGAAAACAGUGAAACAGUGACUACAAGAAGAGACUCUGAAGAAGACAGAAAUGUGGACAGAGCCCAGCUUCAUAGUUUGUCUUUAGUGAGAUCCUGCAUCCAGAAAGCUGUGGGUUUGCUGAGGGACCCAGAUGACGUGACAUCGAGAAGCAUGCAGCGGAUGCACAUCCUUCUGAAUCUACUGGGAACUGGUCCAAAGCACACAGCAGCUCGCUUUCAGAGGGUGCUGUUGAGUCGACUUGCCGAGGCUUUGGCUCAGAGAGAAGAAAAGAUGGGAGCUCCUAAAGAAUGGGUGAACAUAGAAGCCAAGAAACGCCAAGCCCUGCAGGAGGGUGGCACUUUGAGACACACCCUGUGGCGCUGUCUUCAGUCCACUGUGACUCCGAUCUUGGCCAACAUGUUGGAGUUUAUGGACCGAUACGGAAAUCUGGACCUGAUCUCUGAUGACAGACUCAGUCAGGGCCUCAUAGAGCUCUGGUUGGACAUCCUGGAAGAUUCACAGAGUUUACACCGAACACCUUUCCAAAACCCAAGUGAUCCAGACCAGGAGGUUCUUGUGCAGCACUACUUCAUGUUGGACGGAGAAGAACAGACGUGCUCUGCUCCCUUCAGCUGGCUGAUCAGAAUCCACCUGGAGAGCCUGUGGGAAGAGUCUGAGUUCAUGCCAGUUACAAAAGCCGGCGGCACCGACAGGAUUCUGCAGUUUGUGAGCACCUUCAACAACAGCCGACUGGGCGGUCACUUCCAGAAACUCUCAGAGGGGCAGCGAUCGGAGUAUGGACACUUCUAUCUGCAGGACUUUGUGCUGCUUUCUCUGAAGAUCAAAUCCAAAGAUGAGCUCAAGGUGUUCACCAGGGCCUUGCUGGGCUGCGUAUCUGAGCUUCAGACGUCGAUGGGCGUCACAGCUGAACUCUCUCCUGCCUGGAUAAUGGCAGCUGCCAAACACUUUGCAGCCCGACUGGACACCCUCGGACACAUUUUUCUGCUGCAGCCUCAGCUAACCGCCGCCGUUUGUCAGCAAGGAUCAAAGAGGGAAACGCAAGAAAUGGUGGAGGACAUUCUAGCUUUGGGUAUCUGUGUUGAACAAACCAAACUUCUGACUGUGACUUCUCUACAUGAGUGCGAGUCCUUUGUGAGCAGAGUGGAGUUACUGCAGCCGUGUUUGGACCGAGCAUUUGCUCAGAAAUACAGCGCCCUCUGCAGCCUCGGCUGUCUGCAGCGCCUGGACUCCAUCCGAUCUCUGUGGCAUGGGAUGCUGGUUGUCGCAUCGUUCGUCCAACACGUGGCUUUCAAAGUUAAACAGGAUGACUUGAGGAUGACAGAGCUGGCUCUCAAACACUGCAACCUUCACCUGAACCUGAUGCAGGAAUCACCUGACAUCAGAAGUGUCAACACGCUGCAGCAGCUGAUCCGAAUCCUGAAUUCCUUCCAUGAUGAGUGCAUCAGCAGAGAUCUGAGGUUUGGUAUUUCCUGCCCGGUUUGCCUGUCAGAGCUGCGUGAACCGUCCGUCCUGCCCUGCCAACACAUCUUCUGCGUGCCGUGUAUUCAGCUCUGCAUCCGGUCUAACAGGCGCUCAUGCCCUUCAUGUCGAUGUGAACUUCCAGCCGACUUCAAUCCGACUGUUUCUCUCACCGUCAAGGCUUCGCUGCAGCAGCAGGCCGCCGUCAGACACUGCUGUAACUCCUUCUUCCUGGAGGUGGUGUCCAGGUUCUGCCUGUCGGAGGGCCGGACGCCUGAAGAGGGAGUAGUGGAGCUGCUGUUCUCUUUACUGGUGUCUGCUAACGGAGACGUUUACAGAACCAGAGAGCUGACUCCCUUCCUGGAGUGUGUCGAUAACAGUCCGGUGGUUCGAUCUGUGCUCCCCAAGCUGCUGCUGCAGUACAGUUUUGACCAGGCGAAGGCUCACAUUCAGACCUACCUGAAGAAUCUGCAGGAGAACCUUCUAGACAAAGAGGACCACACUGAACUCUACCUGCUGUUUGUCAGCUGCUUCCAGGACUCUCUGCUGUGCUCAAAAGCGAGAGAAGAUGAGAAGAGCGGAGAACAGCAAACAGAAAUCAGUUUCCUGAGCCGGAUCGCCAGGAAGCAGACUCCAGACAGACGAGAGGAUCCGGCAGAGUUCCUGCUCAACACAGCCAGACUGAGAAUAUGUCUGAACUCUGCUGCCAAGCUGCUGCAGGAAACAGCUGAAGGUGCAGCGGUGGAGGCUGACCGGUUCCUGCAGCAGGUGAAGGCUGUGUGUGAGUACAGUGGAAACGACUGGUUUAGGGUUUACCUGCUGAGAGCGCUUCACAGACGCUCAGGUAUCGACUGCAUCCUGUCAAUGAUGAACAGACCGGCCUGCUGCUGGAUCUUCCCUCCAGAGCUGCUGCGACUUCAGAGGAUGAUUCCGACCAACGUGGAUCAGUUCCUCUGCUGUGGGGCGUCUUACAGAACCAUGAGGGACGCCGUGGCUCGGGCUCUACUGGAGAACAGAUCCCACGACUUCCUGGCAGAACUGCAGAAGCUGAGAGGUUCUCAGAUCAGCCUGGUUGCCAUGGCGAUGUUCAGACACGUCACCUGCCGCUACAAGUCACCUGACCUCAGCCUGCGUCCGUCUGCACAGGAGACAUUGAGACUAGAAGAUCUCCUCAGAAACGUCCAGCCGAGGGAGUUCAGGGAGUUUUGCUCUUCGCUUCUGAAGAAUCGCAUCGGCGGACCGAACUCUCGUCUCCAAAUCGACCCAAAUCUGUCGGCUCAGAGACAAACGCUCCUGGAGCUGCUGGUCCAUCUGGUAUCGGUGCUGCUCGCUGGAAACAAUCUGCUGCUUCCUCUUCGUCAGAUCGCCUUCCAGACGGAGAACGUCACAAACUCCUUUCUGCCAACGAUGCCCGACGAUCAUUCAUCCGAGGCCAGGCAGUGGUUAAAAGAGGGGAAACUUGUACAGUACACCUGUGCCAAAGGACAUGUGUGCUUUGUGGGAGAGUGUGGAAAACCGAUGGUUCGAUCCACAUGUCCAGACUGUGGGCUUCCGAUUGGUGGAGAGAGACACACUCCGGUGGCCGGGUUUACUCAGCAGACACCCCAGAGAGAUCAGACUCGGACCGGACACGUCCUCGGAGAAGCUCAGCAGAGGUCUGAAGCUCCUGACAGACAGAUGACUUACGCUCAGUCCUGCAUCCUGAGGCUGCUAACUCACCUCACCAUGCUUCAGGGCGCCGUCAGGAAUCAGAGAAGCGUUGAGGACAUGAUCCAUCCCAGACCGAACAACGUCCUCGCCUUCCUGUGGAGCCACCUUGAAAAGGACCUGAAGGUUCUGGGUCAGACUCUGGAUAAGAACAUGGACGACACGGCGGUUACCGUCCAUCUGAUUCUGACCAGAUUCUCCACAGGUUCCCGCGGUGGAGGAGCUGAUCUGUCCUCCAGACAAGGACGGCAGCAGUGGGAGAAGCUCGUCUGUGAUUCUGGCAUCAACCCAGUUCUUCAGAAUCUGCAGAAGAAUCUGUCUGAAGCUCAGGACAGAAUCUCUGCUGACGGUGGACUCUCUGGAAGCCCUCUGAUGACUCUGCUGUUCAGGGAUCCUGGAAGCAUGCUGCCGCUUCCCUCCGACUGUCCGACGCAUCGAUCCUCCUUCUGGACGCUGCCGGAGACGAUGACGGUGGAACGAUUCUCUCAGCUGGUGGCAGAAACGCAGAGAGGAAGAUCUUUACCGCUGCUCAGCCUGUUCAUGAAAAAGAUCCACUGUGUGCGACAGCUGCACCACCUACCUGAGCUGGCUGCUCUACAGUCGGACCUGCUCAGAGUGUUUCCUCUGACUUCAGAAUCCACCCAACAGACGAUCGCUCAGAUGUUACAGCAGAUACCAGCAGGAUACCAGAAGAAGAUUCUGGCUGAGAGAGUCGACAGAUUCAUCAAAGUGUGGAACUGUCUGAGAGCAGAGGUGGCAAACAACUCAGCAGAUUUGGGUGUGGACAUGAACUUGUGUGAGAAGGAGGUGACGUCCGAAAGCUCCGGAGAGUUUCUGACUCCGAGCCGACGUGGACCGGGAUCGAUUCUCCGAACUCUGGUCGACUUUCUGUCCGAGACUCACAACAGUCUGGUGAGAGAAGCAAGGACAGCGAGACGCCAGGAGGGCAGUGAGUACAGCGUUCCUUUAGAGAGGGUUUCAGAGACCCAGCUGGCUCUGUGCCACCCGGAGAGGGAGCUGCUGCCGCUGGUUCUGGCCCACUGCCACUACACCUUAAAGAAAGGUGGCGAGACCGACAGCAGCUACGACCUGAGAGGCAUCCAAACCCAGCUGAGCCGCCGCUUCCUGGCCGGAAAACCUCUCAUCCAGGCGGACACAUCGAGGUACCUGAACAGAUACCUGCAGGACUUCUCUGUGGUUCUAACAGAAGUCAGAGAAAAGAUCCAUCAGGAGCCUCUGAAGGGUUCGGUGGGCGGCGCCAUGAGGACCGUACUGAGAUCCUUCACCGACGUUUGCGACGCUGUUUACGUGGUGGAGAUCGGCCUCCGCUUCCUCGGCAAAACGGGUGGAAAUCCUCAGAGUCAGCUGCUGUCGUUUCUGACUGAUUCUCUGCAGAUGGGGCCGCAGAUCUCCAGCACUGUGGCAAAGGGUCUCGGAGAGAGCAAACUGGAGCACAGCAUAUUCACCUGGCAGCUCCUGACUUGUUGGAAAUCUGAACUGAUGCUGCACAAGAAGCAAGAUCCGUUUCAGAAGCUGCCCUCUAAGUUCCAGGAGAAGCUGUCGGAGGAGGAGAGGAAGGCGCUGAAGGCUUUCCUCGCCGUCACGGAUGUCGACACUUUCUGUUUGGAGCUGCACGAAAUUCUGCUGCUGAAGACGAGUAACGCCGUCCCCGACCAGGCCUACCAACCACACUGGGACAUCAGGUCCACCUUGGAGAGCCAUUUGGAGCAGAAAGACCUUCCUCCUCUGCUGGGGCUCGAGGACUUACCCGAGGAGAUCACCCUGGGUCGAGGCGCUGACGUGUGGAGGGCAGCUGUGGAGUUUAAGAGGAGAUAAAGUGUUUGUGCCGAGAGCUCAAGUAUUUCUGGAACAUCUGCAUUAAGACUGACUGUCAGUAAUCGCAUAAUUAAUUUCAUGUGAUAUGAUGGAUUGCGUUCCAAUGUGCCUUUCCGCCGUUCGGCCCUGAAUGUUUUCUAAAAAGCCCUCGAUCAAAAACCCUUUUGUUUACAUAAGUACGAAUACUUCAAAGAAAUAGCUGUGAUCUAUUAUUAUCAUUCCAAUCAUGUGUUGAAUCACUUGAAAAUAAUGUUAAAUAGUUGAUUAAAAACAUGGGGACACUUUGAAAAGUCUUAUCUGUUUUCUAAAAUAUUUUUCUUAGCAUUUUGUUGUGAAGAUUUGUUUUCUCUAGUCAAUAAAACUAUGACAACAGGUAGCCAAGUAGCAACAAAAACACAUUUUAUUGCUUUUAUUGUAAGCUGCUGUGCUUCGACAAGCUAUCAUUAGCUUAAAAAUGCACAAAAUUUUCUGUUUUUUGUCUGCUCUCAUUAUCACUACUUAUUUACUUUGAUUUAUUGUGAUAUAUGGGUGAACUUACCUGCAUCUCUAAUUCCAGACUAUUUAAAGGCUCAGUCUCCCAAGUAUUUCCAACGCACACCUCUAUAUAUAAUUAUAACUGCAAAUCAUCAUAAAUACAACAAAUCCCAAGGCACACAGCUCUAGUUUUAGCUAUUCUGCUCUCACUAUAUUAUGGUGUACCAUGAGCUAAGGGCUUUGCUUUACUAGUGUCUCUCAAUUUAUAUUAUUUUAUUCUAAAAUAAGUUGAAAAUGCUGCAAUUGUCAUGUUAAAAUGUAAAGAUUCCGAGGCUAGCCUGAGCCUCCAGUGUUUCCAGAUCCUUAAGACUCUGAGCUGAGUUAUUUCUGGAACAUCUGGAUUAAGAUUAACAGUGAAGAAUUAAUUCAUUCCAUAUGAGAGGACAGAUUCUGGUUGAAUGUGAUGUAACUAUGUAAACAGUUAAAUUAGUAAGAUGUCUUAUAUUAUGCCCGGUCUGUUGAGAAGAUGUCAAGGAAGAAAUAAAAAUGAACAAACUGGAA